AAUGGGAGGUAAUCUGAAAUCGCUAUACCGGUUUCCCGGUAUCCGUGGCGUAUAUACUCCUGGACGGGAUGCCGGUCCGUUGUAGAAUUACUCAUUUUUGCCAGCUGAAUGGACUGGAGCAACAUGAAAUGAAAUUUUGUGCGAAUAUGAGACAUCGUUGCAAGGCAGCGAGCUGGCAGAAUCGUUAAGCACGCCGGGCAAAAUGCAUAGCGGUAUUUCGUCCGUUUUCACAUUCUGAGUUCAAAUUCCGCUGAGAUCAACUUUGCCUUUCAUCCUUUUGGAGUCGAUAAAAUGGGUGCUAGUUAAAUACUGAGGUUGAUGUAACCGACUUACUCCUUCCUUGAAAUUGCUGGCCCUGUGCUAAAAUUUGAAGCCAAUAUUAGAAAUCGUAGUUAUAAUAAGAGCAGUGUCGUGAUAGAUAUAGUUGAACAUUAUGCUAUAUAGACAAACGAAUGACUAGGAGACGUUUGCUGCAUUGAAAAAAAAAAAAAAACAGCAUAAUUCAAUUCAUUUAAAUUAUAUACGUAGCAAGAAGGAAAAUAUCUUUAGAGUGUUGGUAAAUUUUGUCAUUAAUUACAUAUAACCUGAUUUAUAAUCAAACUCCGUAACAAUACAUCACUUUUUGUAUACUACGGUAAUUUUCCAGUGAAGGGUGAACUUAAAAGAAAAGAAAAAAAAAAACUCCCUGAAUUAUACUAUGCUUCACUAGGAAAUGGCCUUGAAAUACGUAAAAACAAAGUUGUAAGAAACAUUUUUCGAUAUAAAAAUGAAUUCGAAAUAUUUCAAAAGAUCUUUUUGUUUUUACUUCAGACAUAGUGAAAGCGGUUUCUCUCAUUUAAUUUCGUGUUUUUGUUGCAUUUUAUGUAUGUUUACUUAUAGUGUAUACGCGUAUGUGUGUGUGUAAAGCCAUCUUAGUAGUAUUAUAAGAUCUCUGAGCAAAUCAACGCUUAUGUGGAUUAGAAUUGAGCCCAUGGACCCAGUGUGCUCAUGCCUUCAGACGUCUGGGUGUUUAUUUAUAUUUUGAGUCAUAUAUAUUCGAUAUACACACAGAAUAAAACCAAAACAACACACAAAGUCUAAAGUUUCAGAGAAUUGAUUACAAAAAAAAAAAGUCGUAGAAAACUGUUUUCAGUGACGAAAUUGACUAACGAGCGUAUACUAAUAUAGAUGCGCCCAUUUACACGCACCUACAUGUGUGUGAGUGGAGUGAAGUGGCAAAUGUAGUUCUGAACUGGAGUGUCGAAAUCAGCUGUUCACUUCUGCAUUACAACGACUACUGACAGUAGUGCACACAGCCACAAACAAUAGUACAAUGUUUACAAGAGAGUUACCUCCCCUGUUUUCCAGGCUAAUCUCUUUCAUGGACAGGUUCUUAAUUCAAUGAGAUACGAAGACUCACUAACUGCUUGCUGUCUCGAACAAUAGUUGGACUACUCUGCUGGUUGUUUCAUCAUGCCAGGAUGCUGCACUGCACAACUUUCUUGUUGCUUUGGAACAUCUUCCUGUGGGUUUUGCUGUCGCUGCUGCCACCCCAUCAAUGAAUCAACCAGUACCCGUAUUAUGUAUACCUUGUUUUUCUUUUUUAUAAUCCUUAUUGCCUGUUUAAUGCUCUUCCCUCAAAUUCAAGAUGAGGUUGUGAAAAAAGUCCCUUGGUUUAAUGAAACCUGCUCUUAUUUAAGCCUCGGUGUGGACUGCCACCAGUUGACUGGUUUCAAAGCUGUCUAUCGAAUUUGUUUUGGUUUAUCAGCCUUCCAUUUCUUGCUUUUCAUCUUCACCUUUCAUGUAUCCAAUUCAAACGGAUUCAGAGCAUCAAUUCAGAAUGGGUUCUGGUUCUUCAAAUUUGUGAUUCUUUGUCUCUUCUGUGCUACAGCCUUUAUGCUGCCAAAGGAGUUUAAUUUGUACUGGAUGUAUGUUGGCAUUGCUGGUGGAUUCUUGUUUAUUUUGAUUCAACUUAUAUUCUUGGUAGAUUUUACAUAUGCCUGGAAUAUAAAAUGGUCAUAUAAACCUUCUGGAGAAAUAAAUACAUGUGGUGCUGCAGGCACAAUCAUUUGUGGCCUUCUGUUCUACCUCGUUGCCAUUGGUGGUAUAGUGUGGUUAUUUUACAACUACACUCGUAUUAAUGGUUGUAACAUCAACAAGACCUUCAUCAGUAUCAAUGUCGGUCUUUGUCUUUUACUCAAUGUUGUCACCCUCAUCCUUUGUUCUUCCAAACGAAACCAUAAUGCCGGAAUCCUGCAGUCUUCCGUUAUAACUCUAUACGUCAUCUUCCUGACAUGGACAGCUUUAUCCAGUGAACCUCCAACUGAUGUAUCCCUGUCUGACACAAUUCUUCCCAAGAAUUCCUUCAGUAAAGUCAUGUCCAGCUCAGACAUUGCGGCUGUUAAUGAUACAUUGUUGUACAGGUGCCGUCCUAUCCCUGUAAUCAGUGACGAUAUAUCGGCCUAUGGUGGAUUGGUGCUUAUGAUUGCCCUAGCCCUUUAUUCCAGCCUCACAUCUUCUGGUCAGUCCUACAAACUGAAAUAUAAAGCAAAGGAAAAUUCUGAAGAAACUUCAUGUUGUUGUUGCUAUAAAAACCGUUUUAACCCGACAGACUUUGGAGGACAACAGGUAAUCUACAAUGAAGCUACUGGUGUCAUCUACAGUUAUUCAUUUUUCCACUUAGUUUUCUCUUUUGCCAGUCUUUACAUCAUGAUGCAGUUGACUAACUGGCACAGACCCGAUGAGACAGAUCUGGUUAAAUUUGGACUCAACUGGCCUGCAGUCUGGGUAAAACUAAUAUCAAGUUGGAUAUGUGUUCUUAUCUUCUUAACCACUACACUUUUCCCCAAGUGUUACCCCUGUAGAGGUCUGGCUCUACAAACUCGAUUAGCAAAGCAGGAAUCAAACCAAAAUAAUGCAGAACAAGAGACUUGUUUAAAUUCUUAGCAAAACUAGCUGACAUCUUGUAUGUUUCUAUCUUACUUCAAAUGUCUUUCUAAUGUCUUUUCUACGAAGGUUUCAGAAUGCACGCAUACGAGUAUGCAGUGUCUCUUGUAUAUAAAUGUAUGCAUGUUGUAUGUAUGUUACAUGUCACUAAUAUGUAUGGCAUAUGUAUGGAUAUUUGUAUGCUUUGAUUGGUUAAGAAUGCUGACAUAUUUCACAUGUUAUCUCUUCUUCAUUUCUAACAGAAAUGAAAUUCUGUAUUGUACCAACUGCAAUUAAGAAACAUCUGAAAAAAUUAACAUUAACAGUUUUUUUAUCUGCUGCUAUGAAUGUGGCACAAACGAAUCUAAAUACCUAGUCAUAGGUAAGAUGACAACGCUAUUAAUAAUCAUAUGCUUCUCUGUGUGUAUGUGUGUAAUCACAAGCUUCAUCAAUGUUUCUAAAUAAUCUCUGUCAGAUUCUAGAUGUUUGUAUUCAGGGUGUGUUAACAAUUUCAAGGAUCUGAUACUUACUAAAUAGCUUUUCUAUUGUAUGCAAAGUGAUAUUAAUAUAUACCCACCAAUACUGAUAUGAUAUAUACACACACUGGGGUGUCUCUCUCUCUCUCUCACACUCUCUCUGCAAAUAUAUAUGUAUAUAUAUUAAGGAGUCAAAAGUUAUGGCCGGUCAUACAUUGACCAUUGGUUUCACAUCUUUUAAGCACUUUACAAUAUAGGCAACUCAUCAGACUCAAAUAGCUGAAGAUGUGUAACUGCUCUAGAACUAAGGGAAGAAAUACAUAACUCUUUAUAUGUGUGAAACCAAUGGUUACUCUAUGACCAACCAUAACUUUUAAGUUCUAAAAAAAAAAAAAUUCAUCACUUCUCUAAUGCUUUAGAACAGGGGUUUUCAAACUUUUUGACUUGCGGACCCUUUUAUAUUUCAGACUUUACCUUAGGGACCCCCUUAUAAACGCUUAUGAAAUUUAUACAUAAAUAUUUGCUUAAAAUAACAUAUAUUUUUACAUUUAUUUAUUUUACAGUAUUUAGCAAAUAAGUUUAUUGUCAAUUAAAAGAUUUCGAUUAAAAACAUAUAUAAAAUCAAAUUGCCCAUAAAAAGUAUUUGCUAUCCACAGACCCCCUGUCUUGUCCUUGCGGACCCCCUGUGGUCUGGGGACCACAGUUUGAAAACCCCUGCUUUAGAGUAUGCUUCUUUUUCUGAUAUAUGGACUGAUGAUGUAUGUAUGUGUGUGUGUGUAUAUAUAUAUAUAUAUAUAUAUACGUAUGUACACAUCUUGCACAACCCCCUCAAUUAUCUACCCAUAACUUUGCAUGGCCACGCAUUCCCAGAUACAUACAUUCCAUGUGUAACUAUGGUUACCUGCAUUACCUGGAAUAGUUUCUAUAUUUUCACAAGUACUUUUCUAUAUCUAUGCAUGCCCAGCUAUAAUUCAUCCAUAUAUGCAAACACACACACACACACACACCCACACACACACACACACACACACGCACAUCACAGAUAUCAAUACCCAAGACACCCAUUGUAACCCUGGUGAUUAUACUAACAGAAUAGUUCUUACAGCUUCAUGGAAAUAGUAGACUUGUUGAGUUUAUUAUUAUCGUCAUUAUAAAGUUACCAAGCUGACAGAAUCAUUAGCAUGCCAGACAAAAUAUAUAGUGGGACUUCUUCAGGCUUUACAUUCUGAGUUCAAAUACUGGACAGGUUGAAUCUGCUGCUUUUCAAUCCUACAGGGUCGAUAAAAUAAGUAGCAGUCGAGCAUUGGGAGAAAUGUUAUUUCAGGCCUUGUGCCUCUUAGUAGAAAGGAUUAUUAUUAUUAUCAUCAUUAUUAUAGCCAUUGCACAGUAUACAGUAUCGUGAGGUUGUUGAUAGAAGAUAUUGAGUCUACCGGGGGUUUGUACUGUUUGUCAAGUCACAACAAGGACCUCAGACAGACAGUAUUUUAUGCAAUAUGUGUGCAGUUCCAAGCAAUGCCGACUUUUGCAAUGCAUCUAGAUUGUAGGGUAUUUCUAAGGUUUUCAGAUGUUUUUUUUCAGUUUGGGUAGUAUUGAACCCAAUGUUCCAAUGAUAAUAGGGAUAACCUUUAUGUUUAACUCUUGUAGCUGCCACAUCUUAGCGAUCUCAAUUCUCAGGUCUCCAUAUUUAGUAUCCUUUUUAUUAUUAUUAUUAUUAUUAUUAUUAUUAUUAUUAUUAUUAUUAUUAUUAUUGUUUUUAUUGUUGUUGUUAUUAUUAAGGCAGCAAGCUGGCAGAAUUGUUAGCAUGACAGGCAGAAUGUCUUAGAGCAGUGUUUCCCAAUCUAUUUUCCCCCAGGCCCCACUAUAACUUACCAGAAAAAUGUAUGCCCCACCAGUGGUUGGUUAAAAAAGCAACUUUAUUUUUAAUAUUUUAUCAAUUAUUUAAUAAAAAAAAGAAUCUACCAGUAACUCUUUUAUUAAGUAGUGAGUACAAAAAAAAGUAUAUUAUUCACUCAGAAAAAAAUUUUGGCAAUUCCAUGUCCCACUAAAAAAGAAAAAAAUUUGAGUCCCACAGCCCACCAAAAAUUUUCCAGGCCCCACCAGUGGGGCACAUGCUUGACAUUGGGUAUCACUGGCUUAGAGGCAUUUCAUCCAUCUUUACAUUCUGAGUUCAGCUUUGCCUUUCAUCUUGUUGCAGUUGAUAGAAUAAGUAGCAGUCACACACUAGAGUCAAAGUAAUCGAUCAGUCCCCUUCCUCAAAAUUCCAGAUUUUGUGCCUAUAGCAGAAAGGAUUAUUAUUGUUGUUAUUAUUAUUAUUAGGUGGCAAGCUGGCAGAAUCCUUAGCACAUUGGGUAAAAUGGUUAGCGGCAUUUCGUCUGUCUUUACAUUCUGAGUUCAAAUUCCACCAAGGUUGACUUUGCCUUUCAUCCUUUCAGGGCUGACAAAUUAAGUACCAGUCAAAUACUGGGAGUCGAUGUGAUCGACCCCACCCACCCUACCUCAAAUUCCAGGCCUUUUGCCUAUAGUAGAAAGAAUUAUUAUUAUUAUUAUUAUUCGGGUUAAGGUGGUGAGCUGGCAGAAACAUUAGCACACCGAGUGAAAUGCUUAGCGGCAUUUCAUUUGUCGUUACGUUCUGAGUUCAGAUUCCACCAAGGUCGACUUUGCCUUUCAUCUUUUCGGGGUCAAUAAAUUAAGUACUAGUUGCAUACUGCGAUCGAUCUAAUUGACUGGCCCCCUCCCCCAAAAUAUUGAGCCUUGUGUCUAGAGUAGAAAAGGUUAUUAUUAUUGGAGUGGUGGAUUGGUAGAAUUGUUGAAAUUUCAAAGAAAAUGCUUAUUAGGUUCUGAGUUCAAAUUCUCACCAAGAUCAACUUACCUUAUCAUCUUUCCAAUAUCAAUGAAAUAAAUUACCUGUCAAGUACCCCUUAAAAUUGUUGGUUUUGCACUGAGAUUAUAAUGAAAGGCCAGCAAGCUGACAGAAUUGUUUGAGCAUCGGAAAAAAAUGCUUAGUGGCAUUUCUUUUGGAUUUUUGUGUUCUGUCUUCAAAUCCCACCGAAGUCACCAUUUUCUUUCAUCACACUGGGGUGAUUAUACAUAAUAAGGUACCCAGUCAACCACUGAGGAUUAUGGUAUUGACUAUUCUCUAACAUUCAAAAUUACUGGCCUUGUACCUAAAUUAGAAAUCCUCAUCAUUAUCAUCAUCAUUAGUAUCAUUAUUAUCAAGGUAGCAAGCUGGCAGAAUCGUUAGCAUGCUGGACAAAAUGCUUAGCAGCAGUAUUUCAUUUGUCUUGACAUUCAGAGUUCAAAUUCUGCAGAGGCUGACUUUGCUUUUCAUCUUUUCAGAGUUGAUAAAAUAAGUACCAAUUAAGCACUGGGGUUCAAUAUAAUCAACUUACUCUCUCUACCUCAGAACUGCUGGCCUUGUGUCAAUAUCAGAAAAGAUUAUUGUUGUUGUUAUUAUUGAUAAGGUAGCAAACUGGAAGAAUCAUUACUACAUCAGACAAAAUACUUUGCAACAUUUCAUACAUCUUUCUGUUCUGAGUUCAAAUUCUGCCAUGGUUGGACUUUACUUUUCAUCCUUUUGGAGUCAAUAAAAUAAGUACCCGCUUGAGCUCUGGUGUCGAGGUAAUCAGUCUGCCCCCACCCCACCAAAUUUCAGGAUUUAUUAUUAUUAUUAUUAUUUGUAGAAUCAAAAUAAAUCCAGUGUUGUAAACAUUAUCAACCACACAUACUCAAUGUAUAUCCUUUGCUUGUUUGCUGGUAAGCUGUGAUUUAGUAAGGUAGGAUGAUUCUCUCAAAGAAUAUAUGUAAUAUAAAUGUAUUAAACAUAUACCAUAUAUAUAUUCCUAUAUAUAUAUAUAUGUAUAUAUAUAUAUAUAUAUAUAUAUAUAUAUAUAUAUAUAUAUAUAUAUAUAAUAAUAAUAAUAUUAGGGAUAAAAUCCAAAAUUACAGGUAAAAACUCAAUUAAAAUCAAUUUAUUAAAAAUUAAAAUUAAAUUAAGUUUCACAGAGUAAAAUAUAUAUAAAUAUAUAGUUUUAGGGAAAAGAACCAAGGUUCAUGAACUCAUCGAUGAAAAUCCACUGUCACAUAUAGAAAAAUUAAUAAUUAAAAGCACAAUAAAUGAGUAUAUAUAUAUAUAUAUAUAGUUGUAAAUAUAUGGUCUAAGCAAAAUCCAAAGAUAAAAGGAAUACAUGUAAUCCCACCAAGACCAAUUUUAUCCUUCAUUUUUCAAAAAUCAACAAAAUAACGCACCAGUCAAAUGCUGGAUUGAUUUAUUCCCACCUCCAAAAUUUAUGGUUUAGUGCUUAUUCUUUAGUGCUUAAUCUUUAUUAUUUUUAUUAUUAAUUAUAUUGUUAGACUAAUGGGUGUGAUAGAUAAUCUGGGAUUAGUCUGGUUAUUAAUAAAAGAAAGAAUUUCUUCAACUGUUGGGAAACUGAGUCUGUGUACUAGGAUUUAUUACUAAUUGAUACUGUUAUGCUUCCACUGCUAAAGACUUUCAAUACAACCAGAACUUUUCUCUUAUCCUUAGAAUUGAUUAAGUCUGAGCAUUCAUUGACAUAUGUUUUUAUUAUCUUUGUGAUCCAAAUUUCAAUUUGGAGUAAAACAAAAAAAUUACGUACUAGUUCAUGUUUUAUUAGGUCAAAAUAUUGAGCCUUAUGUAAAGAAAUUUGGGGAUUUAGUCCCAGCUUAGAUAUAUCAUGAUAUAUCAUCAUAUAUAUAUAUCCAAAAUUAGGGAAGGAGUAGAUAAAAACCAGGCUACAUAUGUUUCAUAGCUGGCAGAGCCUCAGAUGUAGUAAUUACCCAAACGAGGGGUAAUCCGCUAGCUACACAUUGGGCCAAAGAUGCCUUAAUCAAAUGAAGUUUUCAGCUUAUCGAACUUCAGUAUGGGAAAAAUUUACAACCUUCUACAUCAAUGAACCAUUAUUGUUCCUGAAAGUUGUUUUUUUAUACCUUCUACGGACUGCUCGAAGCUUACUAACUUCCUGCACCUUGGUCCUUGGAUCUUAGCUUUACAUAUAUGUGUGUGUGUGUCACUGUCUUGUAAUGAAUGGAGACUAAAUCAAUGAAAAAUAAAAAUAGAAUAGAUUAGAAAAGGUUAGUUAACAGUCUAAAUGUCUUUUUUUUCUGUUAGGAAACAAGGGAUCUUAAAAUUCUCAGAUAAAUAUUUCCCAAUUUAUCUGUUACUAACAUGAGUUUUAGUAAGUCAAUUACACAAAUAAAAAUCUUUCUUCCUGCCUCCCUCUGCUUCCUUGUGUCAAUUCCUAUUUUAUAUCACAUAAAAGUGUUGUGAAAAUAUCACCAAAAAUAUUGGAAAUUCAAAAAAUUUUUAUCACCUUUACUAAACUAUGAGUUGAAAAUGAGGCUAGCCACAUUUUCAUCUCAUUUCUCUCUAUCAAAUGAUUCAGAGAGAAGUGUGAAGAGACAAACUGUCUCUUUUCAACUGCCAGGCAGUCAGUCUCUUACAACAGUGACACAAUGCUAACAUCAUCUGUCCAAAAUUUCACUUCUAUCAUGUCAUUCUAUACAAAUACAACGAAAAGUAGUGUGUAGAUAAAUGGAAACAAUAAAUAAAUGGAAUUUGAUGUAAUUGAGAAAAACAAGGAGUGGUAGGAAGAUCCAGAAAUGGGAAGUUCUAGGGAGAAACUAGGAUCUAGACAUAGACUCAAUAAAGUUAAUUUCCCCAACUGUCUCUAAAUUGUAGUUUAAGAGGUUCUAAAAAUGCUAUGGGUACCCAGCCUUACCCCGCAAUUAAAGAGAAAAAAAUGUGUGACAGGAAAAUUAUGGAUGUGGCCUUUUUAACCUUGUUUUUACAUGGGUGCAGCUAAGAAAAAGUGUGUUUUGAGAUGGACAGUAGUUUAAUAAGAGCCUACAUGUAUAUAUAUAUAUAUAUGGUGGAGUGUUCGCAUUGCAUUUUCCAUGCCCACAUGAGAAGUUGAAUCCAGCAGUUCAAGUUAAUGGGUUACUUGUCAUUUUUAUUGUGCUACUUAGUGGUGUGAGUUGUCCCUAUGAGGUAGGGACAAUUUUUUAAUAGUCAUUAAGUUGCAUUUAUGGUUAAAUGGUUAAGGAUUCCAUUUUGUAAAUACAGGUUUUCAGGUUUGAAUCUAGUGUGUGUCACCUUAGGUUAGUGUCUUCUAUAGCCUAGCCUUGGGUUGGCCCAAACCUUGUGAAAGAAACUGUGUUGACAGAAAAGCUAUGUGGAAGCCUGUUGGCUUAUUUACAAAUAGCUGAACUGUGUAGUUGGAGAUUUUCAAGUGUAUUAGAUCAGAGACAACACUGUGUCUUUGAUGAGAUACAAACUCCAACCAUAUGGUUGAUUAUCCACUUAACCAUCCACUCUCUCUUUUAGCUGCACAACUUUGCUCAUGGCUGUUAUUGAUUAGUGUCAGGUCAAGCCUGACUGAGCAGACAUGAUCAAAGAUAUUCUGUGAUCAUCCCAUUCUUCAAGGUAUCAAGGUACCUUCAUUUGUGCCCUUCACUUUUUUCAUGACAAUAGAGUGUUAUCGAGGAAAGAUUUGGCUGUUAUUUGAAGCAGAUCAAGAAACUGUGUAGGGCAAUGGUUCUCAACCAGGGUCCAUAUGGACCCUCAGGGGCCGUGUGGUCCCUGAGAAUCCAGAUAACAUUUAUGGGCUGGGGUCCACACAACAAAAUAGAUCAAUUGGGGAUCCACAAUUGUAUUUUAAGGGUCCCUGAAAAAAUUUUUGUUUUAAAUGUAUUUAUUGGUAUGUAUUACAAGAAACAGCUAGGUUUUUUUUUUCUCUAACAGUUUACAUAGUUCAACCAACACAAGUUAGUGUGUGUUAAACAAAAUAGAAAUGCUGAAAAAAGUUUCUAUAAUACUAGUUUUUCAACAUUGAAUGACUACGGGGGUCCACCAGAAUAAAAUAGUAAUUAAAGGGGUCCAUAAGUAAAAAAUAGUUGAGAAUCCCUGAUAUAGCGGUACCUGCAUAUGCUUGCACUUCUCUUGGUCAAUUUAUUUGCCAUUGAUAGAUCCAAUGAACAGAAACAACCCAGUGCCGGAAGUAGCAACUGCGAUGUAUAACUGACAAGUAUUUCAUUAGUAUGUCAUAUUCAGGUCAGAUAUUAUCAUGAAUAUAACAUAAGCACUUUCAAACUGAUAUUUCCUACUUACCUGAAGACAGUCUUCAAGUGUGGCUCAAUACAUUAUCUCCACUUAAUCCCAUUAUCUUCUGAACUAGCUAGUUGCAUACCUCAACCAAUCUCCAUCUGACUUUUAUCUCUUCUCUUUUCAUCACCACCACCUACUGUGUCUCACUCCCUCAGACCACCACACUAACCACAUUUUACCCUAUCCUCACACCCAAGGACAUCAAACCUCUGUAAUUCCCUCCAGCAGUUUUCCUGCAGACAUCAACAUCUGUACAUUGAUGUCAUCAUCAUCAUCAUCAUCAAUGGAUGUUAAAAUGAUGAUGGUGACAGCGACUUAUACAUGUUCAAACUGAACCAGAGGACCAGCCUAAUUUGUGGGUACUACCUUUUUCCUAAGCCAUUAAAUUUAUGAGAUUCGUUCAUACAAUAUAAAAAUCAAAAAAAUGUUUCCAUGAAACAUAAGGUACAAUGGUUGUGAGAUAAAGGUGAUGAUCUACCUAAACACAUAGUCAUAAGUUCGAAUCCUAUUAAAGCUAUUAUGUUGCAUUGCAGAGCAAGAUAUAUAAAUAUACUUAACUGCUCGACUGAAUAAAGAAAAAAAAACUUUCAAUUCUCUCUUUCUGGUUGAGUAGUUAGUAGUUAAGAAGUGCAAGCAUCUUGCUAUAAAAAAAAAAGUUCCCCUUCAGAAAAACCACCAUACUUGUGCAGAUAUGAACCCCACCACCACCAAAACAAAAGAAAAAAAGAAGAAAUAGAUGUGAAACAGUAAAGUAAGGGAAGAAGACAAAUUCUCAAAUAAAAACAAAACAUUUUGAAAACCUUUAUUCAUCUCAAGUGUACUUGAGAUUUUUUUGAAUUCUAUAGAAUUUGAAAAUACAUUUUGGAAAGCUUUUUUUCAACAAAUGUCUCUUCUCAGGUAGUUAUAACAAUACAUUUUUUUUUAUUGCAGGCUAGUAUUCAAAUUGUAAAUAUUCUAACACACUUGAAAAAACAUAAAAAACAAAAAAAAAACAAAUCACAAACAACCUUUGCCUCAGAAUUCUUAAUAUUAUGAUCAUAUAUAAUCAAGAAGCUUAUUUCUUAUGAAAUGUGGUUGAGUGUUUUAAUAGUCAUUAAGUUGCAUUUAUGGUUAAAUGGUUAAGGAUUUCGUUUUGUAAAUACAGGUUUUCAGGUUUAAAUCUAGUGUGUGUCGCCUUAGGUUAGUGUUUUCUAUAGCCUAGCCUUGGGUUGGCCCAAACCUUGUGAAAGAAACUGUGUUGACAGAAAAGCUAUGUAGAAGCCUGUUGGCUGGACUGUACCUGUAAUACAACAAGGUCAAUCUUACCAUAUGCACUGUCAUGCAGAGUAUGAGAUUAAUGAUGCAAUACUCUAUGGAAUAUUUACCCACAUACACUAUGAUACAAGGAAUUGGUAGAUUUAUUGAUUGAAGAACUGGAAUACUCAUUGUGAAAACCUAAGGGAUAACCAUUAAUCAUUGUUUUUUGAUGUGAAAAAAAUUUCAUUUUUUAAAAAUUAUUUUUAUAAAUUUCCCUCCAGCAGACCUCUUUGUGUAAUAUAUGUAAAAAAAAAGUCACUCACACACAUGUAUGCAAACACAUAUAUAUGUAUAAUUUCACAAAAAAAUUUGACCAAGAGUACAGUGAUGUUGCCAUUGGCUGGUGGAAAUUCAACAUUUUGGACAUGUCUUUUUCAUUGGUGUUCACUUGCAAUGGUUCAAGGAGUACUUUAACAGCAUCAGUUUCAAUAGUCUUUGAGGAGCUGUAAAGGCUGUACAUGCCAUGGACACUGCCUCUUCUUCCAGACCCAGCAAAUAAAACAAAAAAAGAAAGAUACUUAGCCACUUGCACUUUAUUCAUCAAAUAGGUAGUUUAGUUAACUAAAACUGACAGAAAAUUUUAUUUACAAUAUGUAUAUAUUAUGUAAGUUUUUUUUGUUUUUUUGUGUGUGUAUAUGUAUGUAAAGUAAGUGUGUGUGUGUGUAUAAGUAUACAUAUGUGUGUGUUUAGAUGGAGAGGUUCCAUCUUACAGUUAUGCUGUAGGAAAAAUAUAACAGAUUUUAAAGACAUUUUCUAUUAAGCUUUUUAAGUUAACAGAUCUUCAUAAGCUCAUGUAUACAUAUAUGUCUAUGUAUGUACUUACUCUUUUACUCUUUUACUUGUUUCAGUCAUUUGACUGCGGCCAUGCUGGAGCACCGCCUUUAGUCGAGCAAAUCGACCCCAGGACUUAUUCUUUGUAAGCCUAGUACUUAUUCUAUCGAUCUCUUUUUGGCCGAACCGCUAAGUUACGGAGACAUAAACACACCACCAUCGGUUGUCAAGCAAUGUUGGGGGGACAAACACACACACACACACACACAUAUAUAUAUACAUAUAUAUACGACGGGCCUCUUUCAGUUUCCGUCUACCAAAUCCACUCACAAGGCUUUGGUCGGCCCGAGGCUAUAGCAGAAGACACUUGCCCAAGGUGCCACGCAGUGGGAAUGAACCCGGAACCAUGUGGUUGGUAAGCAAGCUACUUACCACACAGCCACUCCUGCGUAUUUAUGUGUAUUUAUGAGUAUGUUUGCAUAUUUACAUUGGCAUAUGCAUAUUUUUAUUAGUAUAUUUAUGUAUGUGUAUGUAUAUUUUUGCAUGUUUAUUAGUGUAAUUAUGUUUACCUUGUUUUUCAAUUGUUUGAACUCUUCCUAUCAAAGAAACAAGCUAGUUUCUAACAUAGAAACAGUGCUCCUUCACUAUAAAUUAGGUAAAAAUAAGAGUGAAGAGUUGAAUAUUAAAAAAGCCUUGCAUAUUUUUACUGUUCUGCUUGUAUAUUAUAACUGCAAUAUGCAUGUUAGCUUACUACUCUUUGUAUAUGAAAAUCUCAGAUUUUCAAGAUUGCUACUUAGACAUUUUUUAAGAAAACUGAGUGCACCAAUGUUUAUGGGUACAACAGGGAAUUUGUAAUCUGGACAGAGAAUUUGUAGAUUUUGAAUCGAUUGUCCAUAAAUAUUCUCUAUGUGAUUUUGAAAGAAAUUUUCACAUCUGAAGGGCAGAUGACCACAGUAAUUGAACAAAAUGUUUCGUUUCUGUUCCAAACACUUUAUCAGACCUGUUAUGUUUGCAUUUAGCAGAAGUUCUGAUGGGAAUGUUCCACUGGUAUUUUUUUUUUACUUUAGAAAUGUUUAUAUAUACUCAACAAGAGAAAUAUUUCUCUAUAUUUAUUUGUUGUGGAAGGAUUCCAACCACCCUUCAAGUGACUAAAAGUGGACUGGCAUAUUGCUAUAAAAUAAAGAACUGUCAACAGUUCAUUGUGAGCCAUUGGUAGAGAGCUUUUAACCUUGUGUAACAGUAAUUGUAGUGCAUUGUGUGAAUACUGUCUUUCUCCCUGCUUUGUUAAAUUAUAUAUCCAGCACCAAGAUUUAAAAUUAUCCCAUGGCAGUUUACCCUUUGAAUUACAUUGCAGGUAGUAUCUUAGUCACAUUUUAGAAUAGCUGUAUAAUAGCAAUCAGAAAAAUGUCAGAGUUUUAGGUCAAAGUUUCAUUUUUCACUGUCUCUUGUUCAAUGAAUAUUUUGUAGCAAUCUUCUACUUUCGGAUUACAAAAACGUAAUCUUCAAAAUGGAACCUGGUGCAAUGAUUCUGGGUGUAGGAGAGACAGCACAUAUAUUUAUAAACGUGGCACAUAAAAAACACCACUCAAGCAUAGCCAAUGCCAGUGCUGGUGGCACAUAAAAAGCACCCACUACACUUUCAGAGAGGAAGGACAUCCAACUGUAGAAACUUUGCCAGAUCAGAUUGGAACCUGGUGUAGCCUCCUGGUUUGCCUGCCUUCAGUCAAACCGUCCAACCCAUACCAGCAUGGAAAGCGGACGUUAAAUGAUGAUGAUGUAUUGCAAGCCACAUUAUCGGCAGCCAGUCUACAAACUAACUGUGAAUAAGAACUAUCUUGACCUAGACAGUCUUCCUAGUGCUGAUGGUCUGAUAAAACGCAGUCAGUUAAUCUAUAUUGUACCUAUUAUUGGGGCACUUGGUUAUUUUACUAAAUGAGUAAGCAGUAAUCUUGAGAAGCUUGGGUUUCUAGGCAAAGAAAAAUUGCCAUCUAAUGUGUAUUUUGCAAAUAUUAUCUGUACGUGGAACAAAAAAAAUAUAAGGUUUUUCUAAAAUACACCUUGUAACUAUUUGUUAUUAAUCUCAACAUUUCCUGAACUGCAUAUGGCAGGAAACUCUGAGUACCAACAGAGUGAAUCAUUAGUCACCUCUUUACCUCCUAAUAAAUUAUACACACAAUGUGUGUAUGAUGCUAAACACUAAACUGCUGAAGGUUAACGAGCCGACAAAAAGUAUUCAUUAGGUAAUUAUCUUUUCUUUUAUACAGCAUUUUUAUAUGCUUCUUGGCUGAACAAAUGUAUUUUGAUACUGAUUUCUUUACUCAUUGGUUAUAACAUUCACAUUUUGUCACAGAUAGGAGAGUACAUAUUACAGUAACCCAAAUGAAAAAGAUAGGGUUUGUGUCUAUCAGUGAAACUGUCAGUAGUCUGAAAAUCUUGAUACCAGUGUGUUUGUUUAUAAACAAAGCAUGUAACUUGAAACUUUUGGACAACUCAGUCAUCUACCAAUGAAGAAUGGGUAUCCUGAGCUGAAUUCAAAUCCACUUGGAGAAAACAAUACUCGUCCUCAAAUCUGUGUCCUGUCUACCUCAUUGCAUACAUGUAUUGAUCAGCCUUAACUUUGGAUCUAAGUCCUGGUUGUGAUUUACAUUGCUUGUGUUACGGUUGCUGCUUAAACAUUCUAUUCUGUGUUUAAGUUCACUCCCUAUUUUGUGGAUUAGUAAGAGAAAAGACAGUAUCCAUGAGUUUUUUUUUUUUUUUUUUUUUUUUUUUUUCAGGGCCUCUAAUACUGGCAGGAGAAAGGGAAUAAGUUAUUCUCAAACUUGAGACCUAGUCUGAAUGCUUUAUCACACUGGACUCUGCUAAAGGCACCUAUGUACCGGUUGGUGGUAUUAAAAUAGGCUACAUAUUAAGUGUACCAUUCUUGUUAAUGUCCACCACUAAAUAUCAUUUAUACCUCAUUCCAUUCCAUUUCAAGGAUUCUUUGGAAGUUUACAGCUAAAUGUCUUGAACAAAAUCCAUGGGGAAGAGAUGUUGUCUAAUUUUCUGCACUCAUGGCUUAUGGAUUCAUAUCACGACAAGAGCAGUGUAUAUCUUGUGCAAAGCAUUCAAUGGCUUGCUUUAAAUCUGAGAAUGUUUGUUACAACAGUUCAUCAGAUGUAUUCAGCCACUUUAAAUGAUCAGGGGUGGUGAUAAUUUUUUUUUUUUUGUUACAUUUUUGGGUUUUUUGAAAUCGAGAAAUGAAUAAAUAUAUAUAUAUAUAUAUAUAUAUAUAUAUAUAUAAGAAGCUUUUCCACAUGAUGUUACAACUGAUAUUGACAAUAUUGUGUGUGUGUAUAUAUAUAUAUAUAUAUAUAUAUAUGCUAUGGGAGACUGUUCAUGAUUCAUUUCAUUGUUACUCAGAGUUUUAUUCACACAAACUCUACUUCAUUUAUUAAUCUUUGAUUAAAACAUCUUACCAUGAACUCAGUACAAAAUGUAGAGUCAAAUCUACAUUUUUUUUUAAUAUCAUAUAUAUGUGUGAGCGUCUUGUUUGUUGAGUAUUAGGUGAACGAAGGCAUAUUUGUGUAACUCACCAAUACCAAAUCAGACAUCAUCUCGCUCUGUUGACAAUAUUCCAUGCCAUUUAUUUUUAUGUAUCAAAAUUGUAAAAAGAAUUAUGAAAUUUUUUUUUUUUUUUUUUUCAAGAUUAUACCUGGUCACUGAAACAAACUGAUUAGUUUGGCUUGCCAUUUCCUACAUUUUCAUAUAUCAUUUACAAAAAAAAAAAAAUAUAUAAAUAAAAAUUACAGAAAAAAAAAUUAUCAUCUCUCUAUAUUUUAUAAAUUAAUGUAGCUAAGUAAAAAUGAACAAAAACAGGUUCAACGAGUUUUGAUCCAUUUGUAACAAAAAUAAAAUUUUACCAUAAUUAC